GAAGCAUGUCAUUAAUUAGCUUGAAAGAUCAAAGACCACUUUUUAUAUAACUCCAACUGGAUUCGUCUGAAAGAAGAAAGUCAUAUACACCUAGGAUGCCUAGCGGGUGAGUAAAACAGCCAAUUUUCAUGUUUGAGUGAACUAACCCUUUAAUUACACUUAAAACAUAAAAGCAGCUUUUUAAAUGCCCUGUUGUCAAAUGCUUUUGUAGAUCCUUUAUCUACAAUAAAAAAAAAAGUGAGAGCUGUUUAACUUGAUUACAUUUUUGUCCACUUCAGGUUAUGAGGUUGUGUUGUAUUGUUCAAUACAACAAUGUUCAGCAGCAGACUGACCUACCCAUGACCGACUUUGCUCAGAAGCUAGUUUAAAGCUUUUGAUGCAUGAUCUCAGACUGAAAUUAGGCCAAAUCGCAACUUAACUUGCCCUGUCAUCAAGAUAAUAUAAUGUUCAGGAGUGAUCAUGGGUCGGCAAAAAGCGGCAGAUCUGAAGAAAAAAUCCCAUUGGGAGGAAAAUUGGGUCUGUCAUUAGAUGACAGAUAGAGCGAACCUAAUGCUGAAAUACCGUCAAUGGAUAGAGGUAAGUCAGCGAUAUUUAUACUGAUUACUUGAUUGUGGUCCACCUGUCUUGAUUAGGCUAAGUAUCUGACGCGUUCCUCCUGAAUACUAAAACAUAAUUUCUUGUGUCAUUGUUCGGCUGACUCUGUUGAGCGCUUUGUGGGUUUAAAUAGACUUAAGGGGAAAUCUCAACAGUUUGUGACCUGACAACACUUGCCGUCAUGAAUCGGAACGCUUUGCGGAUUUUGCUUCUGCCAGUGCUGUGUACGUUUGCCCGAAAUGAAACGCUCAGUCCAGCUAUCGCUGUAGAGGAGCUGCUCUGGGUCGGUGGUCAAGUCGGAGAAGUUCAUACCUACAGAAUUCCCCUGCUCACCUUCACUACUCACGGAAGUCUGCUGGCUUUUGCAGAGGCCCGGAAACUGUCCUUCAAAGACCAGGGAGCCAAGUUCAUCGCUUUGAGACGCUCCACAGACAGAGGAGUCACCUGGUCUCCUACCUCCUUCAUAGUGGAUGAUGGUGCUCUAGCAGAUGGGCUGAAUCUAGGUUCGGUUGUUGUGGAUGAAGAGACUGGUGCUGUGAUACUCAUCUACUCUGUGUGUUUUCACCGUUACCGCUGCAAGCCCUCCAGCACCAUGAUGGUGCAGAGUCUAGAUGACGGGUUCACCUGGAGCGCCCCACGAAACCUUAACCCUCAACUGGGGCUCAAGAGUUUUGCUCCUGGACCUGGUUUCGGUAUACAGAAACGUCAUCCGCCUGCUGUUGGGCGUCUGGUGGUGUGUGGCCACGGCAGCAUCAUUGGAGACGGAGUGUUUUGCAUCCUGAGUGAUGAUCAUGGAAACACUUGGAGAUACGGAGCUGAACUGAAGAGCAUUCCCUACAACCAGCGUAAAAGCAUCCUUGACUUUGACCCAGAUGAGUGUCAGCCAGUGGAGCUGGAUGACGGUAGCAUCAUGAUUAAUGUGCGCAACAAUAAACACUACCACUGUCACUGUCGCAUGGUUGCACGCAGUCUGGAUGGAGGAGAGUCUCUGCCGGUGGAGGAGCUGGUGUUUGAUCACACACUGGAGGAUCCUGCGGUUGCGGCUGGAGCUUUAGAGAAGGAAGGAGUGCUUUACUUCACCAACCCAGCCAACGCUAAUUACAGAGUGAACCUCACCCUUCGCUGGUCUCUGAAUCGUGGUAAUUCAUGGGUGAACGAUACUCUGAAGAUCUGGGCUGGGCCAAGUGGAUACUCUUGUAUGACGUCACUUAAAGGCAAUCAAACUGAGGAUCAUAAAUACAUCUAUGUCAUCUUUGAGAAAGGCCAAAAAGACUAUUUUGAGUCAAUCUCCUUUGUCAAAAUUGACCUUUACAGCAAACAGUGAUUGAAGUCACUUGAUGGGCUGAUUCAUUUUAGAAAAAAAUAGAAACUUGAUCAAGUUGCUCAUUUUGAAAAUAAAUAUUUAAGAGAAGAUGGCUUUCAUUAAUUGGUUAAAUUAAUUCUGUCUUAUCUCCAUAUUUUUUAAAAAAUAAUUUCGAAACUAGUCUUACCACACCUGUCUACUAUCUAAGUAUUAACUUUAGAGAAAUGUAGAAAUACAGCGGCAUACAGGCUUGUCUGAGGUUGUAGAAUCUGAUUUUUUUUUUUUUUUUUUAUUGUUUAAUCAUCCCGUUUAUCUAGUUAUCGUUUUGCUUAGCAGUAAAGCAAAAUAAUUAAAAUUGUAAAACUUAAAUUCAAUUAUAUAAAAAUACUUUGUUCAGUGUAGAAUUAAAAAUGUGUGUUGGAGGGCCCUUUCCCACAACCCCCAAAAUUUUGAUAUCACU